GUCUCCCACAGGCACAGGCUCUUGUUCUAGUUCUCUCUUCUUGGUGACUCGUUGCUACACCAUUCAUACUCUCGAGCGAGCGAGUUGUGACUCAGUGUGUUGGAUCGGAAUGUCGAACCUGCUUCGAAGCGUGAGGGUGCCUCCGAACUCAGUGAGUUUAGAGGAAGCGCGUCACCGAGUGUUCGAUUUCUUCAGAAUAGCUUGCAGAUCGUUGCCCUCCGUCAUGGAAACUUAUAACCUCUACGACGUCGCUUCCGUCUCCCAGCUUCGCUCCACCGUCGCCUCCGAGAUCCGCAAGAACACCCACGUCACGGAUCCCAAGGUGAUUGAUAUGCUGCUUUUCAAGGCAACGGAAGAGCUGAAGGACAUUGUUGACCAUGCAAAGCAGAGGCAUCAUGUUGUUGGUCAGUACGUGGUUGGUCGGCACAAGCUUGAGCAGCAGGAGUUGGGCUCGAAGGGCCAGACCAUCUCUCCUUUUCUGCAGAAUUUCUACAAGACCAAUUACUUUUGAAAUUUGGUCAAAAUCUGUUCUCUGUUUCCUCAAAUAAAGAAUUAUCCUAAACGGUUAUGUAUAACAAUACUGGGUGAAGACAAUACUGUGUUGGUUUCAGAUCAAAUUGCCUUCACUGUUCCUGGCUUAAUUUGAGAAAGUAAUGUUUUGCUGAUUGUUGUGAA